AAAUCAUUUUUAUCAGUCAUUCUGUAGGUGGUGUUUACUGGUGAUUGUAACUCAGGCUUAGAAAUUUUCAAGAUUUUAAAUUGAAUUCCGUGAAAAAAAACGGAAUGGAACCUGUAAAAUUCAACUAUUCUGGCCUUAUGUGUCCAGUCUUCAGUGCAUUCGCUAACGAUAGCAAACGAACAAUUCGAUUCGACGUCAUUGAUAAAUAUGCUGCCUGGUUGAAGCAGAAAGGAGUGAAUGGAGUUUUGGUGAAUGGUACAACGGGCGAGGGAGUUUGUCAGCGUAUCGACGAAAGAAUGCGAUCUUUGGAGGAAUGGUUGAAAGCGUGUCGGAAAUAUGAUCUGAAAUGUAUGGUACACAUUGGUGGUACGGCCGUAGCAAAUGUCUAUGAUUUGGCCGAACAUGCCGAACAGAGUGGUGUGGAUGCGGUUUUGUGUUUGCCGGAACUAUUUUUUAAACCGCAAUGUGAAGAGGAUCUGGUCGAUUAUCUAAAAAAGGUUGCUGAACACUGUCCGACUCGUCCGCUGUUCUAUUAUCAUUUUCCUGCAUUCAGUAAAGUAAACUUGUGGAUGCCAAGAGUAUGCGAUUUAGCCGAAAAAGAAAUCCCAACUUUCGGAGGCAUUAAAUUCAGUAACAGCGAUCUGAACGAAGGUACAGCGUGUCUGAAAGCCGGUCGAAAAGUGUUUCUUGGAUCGAACACAGUCUUUUGCGGUGCGUUAGCAUUGGGAUUCGAUUCAGCUAUAUUGGUGUCGUUGAAUGUAUUCCCCGAAUUGGGGCAGGCGGUGUACGCAGCGGUGCAAGAAAAUCGUUGGAAAGAUGCACAAGCCGCUCAGGAAGAGUUAACAAGACGGUUCAAUGCAUGUGGAACGGCAUUGAAGACCGAAUUCAAUCGUGUCAACAGUGAGUUUGAUUGUGGACCGUCACGGAAACCAUUGUUGAACUUGAACAAGAAUUAAAUAAUUUGUGCCAGUUGU